AUGGACGAAAUUCACGAAAGUGACUCAAGUAAUAAUUCUCAAAAUUCAAAAAAAAGAAAAGUUGAUACUUUACCUUUGGUUUCUUCCAAUGAAUCUGAUGAAUCCGAUGAAGAAAAUUCGAUAAGUAAGGUGUGGUUUUAUUUUAAAAAGGACAAAAUCAAACAAGUUGGAAGUUGUAAAGUAAAUAUACUUGGUAAAAAUGGAUAUGAACGAUGUGGAAAAGAGGUAAAUCUCAAUACUGCAAAGUCAACAGGUAAUUUUUGGUAUCACCUUAAAAUGGCACAUAGUAUUACUAAAGACAACAUUGAUAAUGUAUCAAAUAUUGAACAUAAUUAA